AUGAAUUUUUUCACUAACAUAACCAAGUACAUCCUAAUGAUGACAUGCAUGCCACUAGCCAAGGCGAUCGUAACCGUCGGUGUCAGCAGUGAUGCGGACACCAUGAUUCAGGUUCGUAACUUAGCCAACUGCUUGGACCGUGCAGGCAUCCUGUGUUCACUGGGACUGAGUGCUGAUGGUACCAUCACAGUGCGGCCACUGUCAGGUAAUAUCACCUUGGAGCCUACUGGAGUCACCUCUGUUCAGCGCUGCCUAGCUAACGUAACUGGAAUACAAGUUGAGGUGUAUUCACACAGGUCAGCACAGGAGAUUAUGGAUGACGACUGGGCUCUGUUCGAUGAACUUUAUCUCGUAAACGGAAAUUCAAACCAUGCCGCAGAGACUACAUAUGUAUCUAAUGACACGAUCACUAAUCUGGAGCCUAGAAAUCUGGUAGUCAGUAACUGUCGUGCGUAA